AUGCAAAAUCCCAAUUACUGUAUUCCCGUAGGGUUGACACAACUUCAACAAGAUUUGAUCGAAAUUCUGAUCUCCACGCAUGCCAGAUCAUUGCUGCAAUUUUGCAACAACGAGGAUGUCAAAAAGCUCGAAGAUCUUGAAAGCUCUAGAAAACUGACCUUGCCAGCUUUAUCGCCCCAACAACUAACGUCAUUGUUGUCGACUAAUAUCCGUGCUGUGGCUAACCACCCGUGUCUUUUGGUGGAACAUUAUAUGCCCCGCCAGCUCCUGCUGAUGGAGCCGGGGGAGAGACUGAUAUGCGGCAGCGACAAAUUUCAGAAAAUGGCUACGCUUCUCGACUCGUUUCUUUCCAGAGAUCGCAAACGAUUUCCAAAGCCACUGCAGGUUACAAUUCUUUCCCAUAGUGUAAAGGAAUUGGAUCUCAUCGAAGGUUAUCUUUUGGGAAAAGCAGUCAAGCUUAAACGGCUGUCAGGUGCGAGUUUAUUCGACGAAAAGCAUAACUAUGGAGAGCCUGACACGGGCUCCAAUACGCCCGUUCUACCUACAGGUUACAUCAAGGACGACUAUGAAUAUGGGAGACGCAGACGUAGAACCAAAGAAAUAGACCAUCGCGAUUGGUUGUUUCUUGCCACGGCCACGCAUUUGGCUAGGUCACCAGAACUGAUGGAUGACUUCAGCAUUGACCUGGUCAUAGGGUUUGAUCCACUGAUAGACGAAAAUCUCGAGUGUUUCCUAAGGAUGCGAAAGAGUGGCAAAAUGGUCCCACUUAUCAAACUACUGGUCAAAGACUCUCCCGAUCAUUUUUGUUUGGUGCACAACCAAACAAAAAGUGAGGAUGAUCACUUUCUGAGCUCACUUUUGCACUUUGUGAGACACCGGCAAACGAUUACGAAAACAGAUUCGACCGGGUGGUUAAGCCAGUUCGCUGAAAGUCUCUUGGAGGAAAAAACUCCAGACGCGACAUCACUUCCACUUUGUGAUCUUUCCGAUCAACACUCAAACGUCAAUCUUUUAGAAGCCGUAACGAAAUAUCAGUCCCUUUCACCUCUUUCUACAAUGGAUUUCAAACUCGUCCCCAUAAACCAGGACCUGGAUAUCAAAACUUAUCAGAACGUUUUGAUGGAUCGAAUUGUUCAAAGGCUCAAUUCUUGUGACGAAGAAUACGCUACGCGUGAGAAGGAUAUUUUGGAAAACAGGUUACGAGAAACAAUGCGUCAAAAUGAAUUUGACCUGCUACAUGAAGAGGCGGCUAGUAUUUUUAAACAGAGCAAAGAGGAAGAAGGCCCUGCAAUUAAUUCUCUUAAAAAAUUCAACAAAGCGCAAGCAGACUACAACAAAGUCUCAGAACGCCUAAAAGUUCUAUCCGAGAGAAAAGAAUCGCUAUCAAAAAGACUGAAUGACAGCAAAACCCUACCAUCCUCCCAAAUAGAUGGGUUGUCUUCUGAAUUGAAAAAACUCAAAAGCAUGAGGGACGCCAGUAAGCAGGAAAAUGAACAAAAAUCAGACACCAAUGAUAAAUUAAGAGCCAAGUACCAAUCCGAGUCAUCCAAUGCUGCCAAUAAAUCAAUUGCUAUUCAACGGCUGCGACAGAACCGUGAUCAGCUCAAAGCUCGUCUAUCCGGUCCUGUAGUCAGUCUUCAUUUCAAGAAUGCACUAGAACAGGAGGCAAUCUUGAAAGAGGAGCUCAUACGCGUGGUUCGGCAGUCUCAAUUUACCCAGGGUUACGUCAAGAGAAUCCAGAAACAGUACUCGCUCAAUGGCACUCAGCACCUCAAAGCAAACACACAAACUUCUCGCUCACGUCGGCAAAGGAAUGCAAAUAUGGGCUGA